CUCACUCAUAUCUCAAUUUCCUCUUAGAAACCCUUGUAUUAUUUCUGUAAAGAUGAAGAUGCCAUUCUCGUACAAUCCAUGAAAUGGAGAAAACCCUAGCCGAGCUCCGUCUACUUCAUCGCUAUCAGCUCCAACAUAUCGGCCUUUCUGCUCGUAUCCUAGCCCUAGGUUUUUCCUCUCGCAAGAAGAAUCUUUGCAUUAACCCUAACAUUGUUUCUGCGGAGAAUCGGGACUCUGUUGACGCCGACUGCCGCAAGAUUACAAAGGACAGUCAACAAAGAAGAAAAGGAUGCAGUCCUGUGGCUAGACGACGAAAAGCAACAGACGGAUUCAUUCACGGGCGUCCUCGAAGACUAAACUCACGUUUCGCGUGGAGGAAUCCGGAUACAGCGUGCAAAGAAAGAAAGAACUCACAUUGGCAAAGAAAAUCGCAAAGAAGUAGGGAGAAUCCGGCGAAACCGUCUGCAUUGUUCAAUCGUUGAUCUCGUUUCGUUUUCCUUCGCUAUUCAGCAGCCCUGACUGUCAAAUUAGUUCCGGAUUGGGUUCUGAAAACAGCAGAAUGAUGGAGGCUCACGUUGUUACUACAGAAGCUGAUGUGAAAGAAGACAUUGUCAUGAAACCUUUACAACAUUUGAUUGUAGGAUCUGCUGUGGAAGUUCUUUCACAGAACAGUGGUAUAAGAGGUUGUUGGUUCAAGUCUGUCAUUAUCAAGAAGCACAAGAACAAGGUUAAAGUGCGUUACAUAGAUAUUAUGGAUGCUGAAGAUGAAUCAAAACUUUUGGAGGAGAUUCAGGAGAAAGAAAGGCUAUUUCUUGUUGCUCUGAGUGUUGUGCAUGAAAUUAGUGCAGCAUUGAAGCCCUUGUGGCUGCAGCUUAGUAAUUGUAUAAGCACUAUUGAAAGCUAUGUAAGAUUCCUUCCUUGGUUACAUUGACACUGUUACAAUCCCUUGUGGCUGAAGCUUAUGUAUUUUAUGA